UUUGAUUGAGUUGGGAUCAGCCAUUUUGAAGUCGUUGGAAGUCGAAGGGUUGACCCGAACUAUCUGCCGCCAUCGAUCGGCAACCAGACUAAUUUUUCAUUGUGUGUAGUUUGUACGAUUAUCUUAAACCAAUAUUUUGACAUUUAACAUUAUAUUUUGGUUGAAACUAGGAAAACUGUGCCGAAAACAGCCGCUGAAAAGCGAACAUACGCUCAGCGUUUAAAGAUGGCUUGCGGUGCAACGCUGAAGAGAAGCUAUGAGUUCGACCCGCUUCAUAGUCCGUCACAAGCGUCCCCCAAAAGAAGAAGAUGUAUGCCAAUGACUCUUUCACCGUCUACGCCACCCACGAAGCAACACCAGAAUCCUUCUCCAUUUGGAGAUGUAACUCCAAAGUUUACAUCAGAGCAAAUAGCUGCAAAUAUAAGUAUGGAGAUCAAACGAAUGCAGAGGAGGAAACAGUUACAUUACCCAGGCACUUCUAGUCCUCCCCCCCAGCAAAGUGAAGGGGCUAUGGCAAUAGACAGUUUAUCCUGCUCUCCCUCAUCCUCCACAUCAUCAUUUUUCAAUGCUUUAUCUCCAUCUAAGAAGGAAACUCCUCUAUUCACAUUUCGUCAAGUUGGAAUGAUAUGUGAAAGAAUGCUAAGAGAGAGGGAGACACAAAUAAAGGAAGACUAUGAUAGAGUAUUAACAAGCAAAUUAGCAGAGCAAUAUGAAGCUUUCUUGAAAUUUAACCAUGACCAGAUACAAAGACGAUAUGGAGAUAGGCCAUCAAGCUAUGUGUCGUGAAUGUUUCUAGACUGGAAAUGUGGGACGCAUUGUUACACAUACCCUUCUAUUGGAGUACAGUUUGACUUAGUUUCAGUGUUUGUUGCCACAGUUGUGGCUUUUGUGAUCAACCUUUAAACUGAAGAGACAAUGGUUAAGCAACUGAAUUCCAAAGGAUGGAUAUUGUAUUUUAACUGUUACAAGGAUACAAGGGACAUAAGCUGAAAACCUCCCAAACCUCCGGAUAUAUAUUUUAGUUAUCUUACUUUUUUCAUUGAGUUUGUAGUGUGAUUGGUGCUGUAGUCCAGCAGUUAAUUGAAGGCAAUGGUGAGAAUGUGAAUGUUUUAAUUUAUGGUUUUCAAAGAGUUUAAUAUUGGGAGUAGAUAUAACCAGCACCUUGUGUUUAAGGUGUGCUAGUACACAAUCCAUUGUGGGGGAGAAGGAAAAGACUUAUUUUCCAAAUUACUCGUGAAUCAUAUGUGUAUGGAUGUUUUUGCCUUGCUGAAAUUGCUCUUUAUGCAUUUAGGCUAUUGGGUAUUCAAUAUGUGUACAUAGUAUUUGCCCAGAGUUAAGCAUUACCUGUAAAAAUCACUAGGGCAAUCUACAUUUAUAACCUUUAUAAUGAAAAGACUUAUUUUUGUGUACUUGUAAUCUUGGACUUGACCAUUUAGGUGUAGUACUCCUUGUAGAACUUUUGAUUUCAGAUCCCUGAAAAUAGGAGUUUAGAAUGUGACCCUUCUCUGUCUGUUUUCACUUCAUUUUGCUAGACUUUGGUUGUAAAUAAAGGUUUCUACAUGCAAAUAACUUAAUGUAUUUCCUACUCCGUACGUUAUUUGUGGCAUAGUAAUGACAUCAAAUAUGUCUACAUU